GCAUACAUCCAUGACUCGACCUCCAUUUACAGAUAACUCUAUUGAUUCUCCCCUCAACUUCAAACUUCUGUCUUGAAUCCUAUAGCCUAUAGAUUCCAGAUUACUUAUCUCAAGUCAACCAUGGCUCCCGCGCCAUCCCUUCCCAUUCAUCCUCCAAACGGUCCAGUCAACGGAGAUGCUUCAAAGCAACCCCCUCAAGGCAGGUCGUCUCAGAAGAGCAUGACAAAAGCCGAACGGAGGGAACUCCAGGAGAAACAACGAGCUGCUAAGGCUGCUGCAAAGGCUGGUGGACCUGUCAAUGGAGCUCCCUCUAAGCAAGCUGCGAAGCCAACCCCUCAAGCUACUGCCGCCGCCACACCGAAGAGGCCAACUAAGAGCAAUGAGGCCCCUGCGCCUACUGCUUCUGCCUUGAGAACUCAGACUGCUGCAAGGGCUCGCGCUGCUUCCGUCAGUGUCCCUACACCGGCAAAUGCUCGUGGUCUACGGAUAUUUUCACAUUUCGGUCUGCCGAAACCUGUCAGUGUGGCGAAAGGGGACAUCCAUCCUACCAUUCUACGACUUGCCCUCCAAUUUUCGGAAUUCAAAAUCACCGGUGCGAAUGCACGCUGUAUUGCUACCUUGUCCGCGUUCAAAACUGUCAUUCAAGACUAUGCUACCCCGCCUAACAAUACCCUUUCACGGCAUCUCAUGACCUAUCUCUCACCUCAAAUCAGUCAUCUUGUUGCUGCACGCCCUAUGUCCGUGACCAUGGGUAACGCCAUUCGACAGCUGAAAUUGGAGAUUAGUGGCUCUGAUAUUGACUUGCCCGAACAAGACGCGAAAGACGCACUUUGUCAAAAGAUUGACAAUUAUAUUCGGGACCGGAUCAUUAUUGCUGACCAGGUCAUUGAAGAAACCGCCGGUAACAAAAUUAAGGAUGGGGACGUAAUCCUUACCUACGCAAGAUCUUCUGUGGUCCAGAAGGUACUGCUCGGUGCACAUGCCGAAGGCAGACAAUUCUCCGUGAUCGUCGUCGAUUCAAGACCGAUGCUCGAAGGCAAACGGUUAUUGUCUGUUCUAGCAUCCGCUGGCAUUCAAUGCACAUACAUCCUCCUUCCUGCUCUCGGUGCCAUCAUCACCGAAGUAACGUUAGUCCUUGUCGGCGCACAUUCAAUUCACUCAAAUGGUGCAGUAUACUCAAGAGCAGGGACGGCUCUUGUGGCCAUGAUGGCUAAGCUACACUCGGUCCCCGUUGUUGUAUGUUGCGAAACGUACAAAUAUUCGGAGACCGUUCAACUAGACAGCUUUACGAAGAACGAGCUAGCACCUCAAGGAGACCUGUUCUCAUCGUUCCCCUCUGUCAAGGCACGCGAUUCCCUCACACUUGAGAACGACGAGCAUCUUGAAAUCCUAAACCCACUUUACGAUCUCACCCCACCUAAUUGCAUCACUGCUGUCGUCACGGAAGUUGGUGUCAUCCCACCCAAUUCCAUUGGCUCCAUUCCGGUGGCUCUUGGACGACUUCUCUGAGUUCUUGUCUUUGCUCAUGGGCACUCCGUCUAUUCGUAUUUCGUUCGGACACCAAUUGGCAUGUUACGGCCUACUUCUUUUUAUAGUUGCUUCGGAUCCUGCAUCUCAUUCGCUCUCCCAGUCAAUUGUUUUAUCUUUUGCAUGCAUUAUCUGUAUCUCAUACAUUAUACGCUUACUCAUGGACGCUGGGGGUGGACGCGAACCGCAUAGUUGAUGAAGCAGCCGACCAGUUAUGUAUGACAAUAGAAAUUCUAAUGUGCACCAGCCUUGCUUAACAUGCAUUAAUAUUGUGGGGGUCGCAGAAGGACGUUGUGAUGCUAUUCAACGAGGUAUCGUUCUAAUUUCUAUUUGGUAACAUUGGUACUAGUGAGUAGUGUAAGAUAAAUCGAGAAGCACGAGCGUAGAGAUUACUACGUCAUGGCUCAGUCUUCUUCUCCG